UUUAUUGACAGUCAGCGAACACAGCACGAAACAAGCUACGCAUGCGUAUUACGGUUUGUGGAGAGCAACAAGGAAGUUCACUGACAUAUUGAAGCUUUGCGAUGGCAGUGGACUGGAUUGGAUUUGGCUAUGCUGCAGCCAUCGCUUUUGGAGGAUUCAUGGGAUACAAGAGAAAAGCCAGCGUGAUGUCCCUGAUGGCUGGUUUAGUUUUUGGUGGAUUAUCUGCUUAUGGUGCCUAUAACAUCUCUAAUGACCCAAAGGACAUAAAGGUCUCAUUGUUUGCAUCAGGAGUCCUCUCAGUAGUGAUGGGGAAGAGAUACAAAAAAUCUGGAAAAAUAUUGCCUGCUGGCAUUAUGUCGGGGCUAAGUUUGUUGAUGGUGUUUCGACUGUUACUCCUGAUCAUGGUGUGAUUGGAGGAACAACACUGACCAAACUUCAAUGAACAAGCCUUAUUUUAAAGGAAACAUCAUUCCCAGUUAGCACAGUAAAACAAAUGUUAUUUUUGUAUGGUAAUAUGAGGUUCAUGUCACCAGAAACCUUGCAAAAGGUUUCACAGAUUUAAGAUAACUCUUAUUGCAGUAAAUCCUUUUGGUAAUCUUGUAUAACUUUUUUUGUACUAGCUUGAACAUAAACCUUAUGAUUAAUUUUUAAUCUUGUGUUAUUACCCAAGAUUUAUUCCCUCAUAGUACGGGCAGCACAACAUAUGUACAUGAGCUAUGUGAGUGCUAUUGUUUGUCAUGGCAGUGUGUUUACUGUAUACACUACAACAUCAGUUUUGCAGGCUCUUAAAAUAUCAAGGUUUAUAAACUGAAAUAUUCAACUUCCUGAAAAUAGGAACAAGAACUGAAGGAUAAAAAUUGGAUUCUUGACUCCUCACAUGCUACGGGGAAAGGAAUGAAAGUUAAUAUGUUUGCGUUUUUUGUAAUAACAGCAAAACAAAAUAAAUUGAUGUGAUUCUUAAAAUGA